AUGGACGGUGUCAACCCACCACCAACUAAAUUAUCUGAUGCUCGGUCAGGAGAACUACAACAAGGUGGUCCCUCGGGACAAGAUAGCGUGGCUCAUCAGUCGGAGCCUCCCACACAGAUUGGAAACGAUAGCAGUCCAGAACCUCGAGCCAAUGGAGCAAACCAAAGCACUGCUUGGGUACCUCGUCCCAAGCGGAUAGCCUGUACUAUAUGUCGAAAAAGAAAGCUGCGAUGUGAUGGUAACAAACCAAGUUGCGGUACAUGUUCCCGCUUGGGCCAUGAUUGUGCCUACGAUGAAGUGAGGAAAAAGAGUGGCCCAAAGAGGGGUUAUGUGAAGCUAUUAGAAGCAAGAUUAGCCCAAGUCGAAACCUUACUCAAAUCUCAAGACUCCGGGGAUGUCUUCCAAAAGUCUCCCGUGCCCACAGAUUUCAACCCUCGACCUCCUGCAUCUGGCAGUGUGGUUAAUAGCAUGACCGAUGUUUUCCCCUCCUCCAACCCAACAGAAAAUUUACGUACAGUUCCCCUUGACCUGUUUGGUGACUUAAAUUCCACUCAGAUCAAUUUGCCGGAUGAUAGCAUUACUUCUGGAGGGGGUUUUUCAUGGGAAAUGAUUGGACUGGGUUUGGAAGAACCCCUUCCAGCUCAGGAUGUUAUUGAUGAGCUGAAUGAGAUAUAUUUCCAGAAAAUUCACCCUUCAAUGCCGAUUUUACACCGACCGAGAUACUAUGCUGCAAUGAAUCUUUCACCUAACAUGCGGCCUCCCGUAUGUUUACGAUAUGUAAUGUGGGCCUUGGCUGCCUCUGUUACGGAUAAGUAUCGAACAUUGCAUCCACAUUUCUAUCAACGUGCACGAAAAUAUGCCGAGUUGGACCAGAUGAGAGGUCUUGGCGAGUCCAUGAUCACCGUUGCUCACGCCCAGACUUGGAUCUUAUUGUCUUCCUACGAGUUCAGGAUGAUGUUCUUUCCACGUGCAUGGAUUAGUACAGGCCAUGCGAUGAGAUUGUGUAUGAUGAUGGGGUUACAUCGUCUCGAUGGUAGCGGUCCCGCGGUUAAAAUGUGCCUUGGGCCUGCACGAGACUGGACUGAGCAGGAAGAGCGGAGAAGGACCUUUUGGAUAGCUUUUUGUCAAGACAGAUAUGCAAGUGUGGGAACGGGAUGGCCCAUGAUGAUGGAUGAACGAGAUAUUUUAACCAAUCUUCCUGCUUCCGAUGAAGCAUUUUUCAACUCUAAAAUGCAGCAAACUUACACGUUGGCGAGUUUGACGGCUGGUGAAAAUAUUUCAACGCUGUCGUCUCUUGCGGGCCUUGUAUUAAUCGCAUGCAUUUUUGGCCGCAAUCUCCAUCAUCUUCACCGGACAACACCAGAUGAUACCGAUCACGAUUUGAAUGGCGGCUUUUGGAGAAGGCAUAGGGCCUUGGAUAACAUCCUCCUCAACACAUCUCUUGCAUUACCUAGCCAUUUGCGAUUACCAGAAGGCAUCAACGACUCGAGCGUCGUUUUCCUUAACCUCUGCAUCCAUUCUUCAACAAUCUGCCUGCACCAAGCAGCUAUUUUCAAAGCGGAGAAAAAUGACAUGCCUAGCCAAAUUGCAGCAGAGGGAAAGCGACGAAGCAUAGUUGCUGCAGAUCAGAUAACAAGCAUAAUGAAAAUGGCUAGCCAUAUUGACUUAACACUAAUCAACCCUUUCGUUGCGUUCUGUUUGUAUGUAUCAUGUCGGGUAUUCUUGCAGUACCUGAAGUGCCGACCAGAUGACGGAUCAGCUCAUUCAUCCCUUCAAUUCUUACUAGCUGCCAUGAAUGUUCUUAAACAUAAAAUCCCUCUCACAGAAUCGUUUCUCAUGCAGCUCGAUGCGGACCUUGAAGCACUUAGAGGUAGUAGUAAAUCUGAAACACAGAAGUUCGCUUUUGGUCUACGGUGCGGCGAGAAAUCUCCACAAAUGAAUGACUCUUGUGGAUCAUUGAAAACGAUUUUUCAGGAACAUGACCUUCAACCGCCGGAGAAUCUUGCCGUGUCAUCGUCAUAUGAGCAGACCACGGCCCCUCCUGUUAUGUCCUCGCUACCUAAUCGGUCAAAACCAUCAGUUGGAUCGGUGUCAGCUUCCGGGAAUGAUAACCACACACAUGUAGUGAACGUCGGGUCAUUUUCGCUUCCCACAGAUAAGCACUUCGUAAAGUCGAUGGCUGUGGAAAUGGACUUGUCAGAGGCCAGCACCAUAAGCGAUCGCCAGUACCUGUCCUCUGACCAUCCGACCCCAGGCACAAACCAGUCAUCGAGCAGUUCGAUUUCACCGCGUAUUAUAGACCAACCAUCACCCCCCGUUCAACAACACCACAAACGGCAACAGCUCCAGAGACCAAAUCCCAAUGCAUAUGUCCCUGACCUCCCUCCCUCCCAAUUUGAAUCCAGCCUUGACAACAAUACUGGAACUGCUUAUGCAAACUACUUUACACCGGGAAAUCCACCCCCAAACACCGCUGGAUUUGAAAACCCUUUCGCCUUUCCCGCUGGAUGGAACACUCGGGCUACCCACCAGCCAUCCUCGGCAUCUACCUCUGCAGGACUCGUUGAUCAUAUACCAAACCUUGACAAUAUUACCUGGCCUGGUGGAGUAGAUCCCCUGCCCUGGGAAACCUAUCAGGACUAA